CUGGCAUGCUCGGCGGUCACCAUCCCACGCCACCCUAUUCCUGAUUAUUCAAAGUCUGUGCAUUUGGAGCUUCUUUUGCUGGAUCCCAGAAUGCGCAAAAACCUUCAAGAUUAGGGAUUUGGAGAAAAAGGAAAUAUCUUUUUGGGUUCGUGGGUUGGUAGUUUCCGGAGGAUCCAAUUUCUAGGAACUAUUCCCAUUCUGAUUCUACGAGCUUGGUAUUGCAUUUCUUGAUUUCAAUCCCAAAUUUUGGCUUUUUUCUGGGGGGAGAAGGCGUAAAAGAAAACAAUUGUGGAGGAGGUUGACUCCUCAAAUUGAUUUUUGGAUGAAUUUUAGAUGUGGGUCACUACAAUUCUUGGCAGAAAUUCUAUGAUUGUGACACUUGAAGUGCUGUGCAUUGGGAAAUGUCUGGCAUUGAUGAUUGUGGCUUCAAAGACUUCACCUUUGGGCUAUUUUGAGCAAGGGGGCCGGUUUUUAGGUUCUGGGUUUGGUUUUAGUAAUGAUAUGAAAAGUGUUGAAUGGGUUUUGGGUGCUGAUUUAAGAACAAAUGUAUGUCAAGGGAGUGCUUUUGUAUAUUGUGUAUGUGUUUAUGAUUAUCACUGUAGGAUCAGCAAGCCAGGAGAAGGAGAACAUGUCACUAAUGUCAGAAGAGGCCCAAGAGGAUUUACUGGCCACUCUAAUCAACUCUGGGGAGAUAAAUCAAGAUAAGGCUGAGCUAGUAUGGCUAAACUGUAGGGUAGAGUUGAUAGAUGCCAUGGCAACAGUUCAAGAUCUCGAGUUUUACAUCCAAGAGAACAAAGGGAACAAUGGAAUCGUUUCCAAAGGUACCAGGUCAAGAACCAAAGACGAUAAGCAGAAGUUUAUAAAUUUCUUGCACCCGCCGGUUAAACAAGCCCUCGUGGAUUGUUUAAGGAAGAAAAAUAUGAUGUUUCUUGUGUCUGGAAAGGGAAAGGGUUCGAAAGCUUGGUAUACAAGGUUUAUGGACAGUUUGUUUGCUAGGCACAGUGUGGGUAAACAGUAUGAAUUGAUUCAGCGGUUUGGAGAGUCCCCUUUUCCGUACCACAAAGUGGCAUCAUCACGCAGUCCAUCACAUCCGAGGGCUAAAGCGUUUAAAUCUGAACCGUCCGAUGAUCCUGCAGUGCAGCAGCCGUUGAACGUCUUGGGUUCGAGCUUAAAGCCCGGGGCUCGUGAGCUUUCGGAUGGAGGCGACCAAGCUAGCCACACUCAGACACUGAUUAUCGCGGUUACUGUGACUGCUGCAGUAACGAGUAUCGUAGUUUCCCUGUUUUUUAUAUGUUAUUUGAAGGUUUUCUACAAUGGACCGGGACCGGGACCGGGACCAAACGACGAGAAGCCUCUUUUGACCCUAAGCAGAAAUGACUUCUCUGGUAAGAAUCAAUGGUUUCGUUUUGUUAUCGUGGUUUGUCUGUCUUCUGCUUCGCUGAAUAUUUCCAACUUCGAAAUUUCAGCUUCAGCUUCUUCACACAAGGCGCCGCCUUUUGGGAAUUCGUUAAGUAACCGAAAUCUUGGUAACCGUUCAGUUUCUAAGAACUCGGGUGAAAAAAUGGGCGAAAAUUUGUCUGUGGAGCCACAGGCUGAAAGUAACUCCACCAAAUUAGAAGCUCCUAUAGGAAGUAUUUCCAGUGUUUCUGCAAACUGUGUAGAGGAUUCUGCACAAUUGGCGCCCGGUUUAGGCCAGCCUCCCUCGGGUAGGGUAGUUCCCGAGGAACCUCCUCCAGUACUCGAUCCUCCUGAUGAAGCUGCUGCUCCUUCAUCACCACCUCCUCCUCCUCCCGAGGAAGCAGAUCCUUCACCGCCACCUCUUCCAGAGGAAGCUGAACCUUUGCCGCCACCUCCUCCCGAGGAAGCUGCACUGCCUCCACUAAAGCUUCCACCUGGUAGGGUAGCUCCUGUACUACCCCCUCCUCCAGCAGUCCCUACUCCUUCGCUAUUACCUCCUCCUCCCGGGGAAGGUGCAAUGCCUCCGCUAAAGCCUCCCCCGGGUAGGGUAAUUCCUGCAGUACCCCCUUCACCACUGCCUGUUGAUGAUGGCGUUCCUCCACCAGCUCUGCCUUCUCUUGUAAUUGGUGGUCCUCCCCCGGCCCCAGGUAAUGGCCUGCCUCUCCCACCGCCUCCAGGCAGUGGCCAUGGCCCUCCACCAUCUCCGGGCAGUGGCCGACAACCACCAACACCUCCAGGCGGUGGUCCAUUCCCGCAGUCUGGUGCUGGCCCAUCACUGCCGCGAGUCCCCAGUGGCCCAAGACCACCGCCACCUCCCGGUGGUGCUGCUGAACCGUCACUGCUGCAAGCCCCUAAUGUUGGCCCGCCACCAUCGCCCGGUGGUGCUAGACCGUCACUGCUACGAGCCCCUAAUGUUGGCGUGCCACCACCGCCAGCUCCCGGUGGUGGUGGUGGCCCACCACCACCGCCAGCUCCCGGUGGUGGUGGUGGCCCACCACCACCGCCACUGCUGCAAGUCCCAAGUGCUGGCGGACCACCACCUCCACCUGGUUGUGCUGGUUCACCGCGUCCACCUCCACCGGGUAUGAAACGGCCUCCAUCUGUUGGAGCGGGUGGUCGAGGGGCAGCGCCAACGGGCCCACCUAAAACUAAACUAAAGCCAUUCUUCUGGGAUAAGGUUCUAGCCAGCCCUGAUCAUGCAAUGGUUUGGCAUCAGAUAAAAACAGGAUCUUUCCAGUUUAACGAAGAGAUGAUAGAGACUCUAUUUGGUUUUGCUGCUCAAGAAAAAAACAAACAAGAAACCAAGAAAGACGACAAAGCCAAAACAAAAGCACCCCAGUUUAUUCAAAUUAUUGAUCAAAAGAAAGCACAAAAUAUAUCAAUUCUCCUAAAAGCUUUAAAUGUUACAACAGAAGAAGUUUGCGAUGCUAUUAAAGAAGGAAACGAACUUCCACCCGAGCUAAUUCAAACUCUGCUGAGGAUGGCCCCGACGUCUGAUGAAGAGCUGAAGCUGAGGCUCUUUACCGAAGAUCUUUCUAAACUAGGGCAUGCAGACAGGUUCAUGAAAAUCAUAGUCGACAUUCCAUUCGCCUUUAAGAGGCUAGAAACACUGCUCUUCAUGUGCACACUUCCGGAGGAGGUAGCAGGGGUUAAAGAGUCGUUUAAAACCUUAGAGGAUGCUUGCACGGAACUGCAGAAUAGCAGGCUGUUUAUGAAACUCCUCGAGGCUGUUCUCAAAACUGGGAAUCGCAUGAACGAUGGGACCUACCGAGGUGGAGCACAAGCAUUCAAACUCGACACGCUGCUAAAAUUAUCGGACGUGAAAGGGGUAGAUGGCAAGACCACGCUCCUGCACUUUGUCGUUCAAGAGAUUGUCCGCAGAGAAGGCAUAAGAGCUGUGCGGGCAGCCAAGGAGCUAAGGAGCAUGUCGAGCAUCAAGUCGGAAGAUCUACUCCACGAUGUCCCCAAUGAUUCCGAGGAGAAUUUAAGAGACAUCGGUCUCCAGGUCGUGUCAGGCCUGACAACCGAGCUCGAGAAUGUGAAGAAAUGUGCAAUUAUCGAUGCAGAUAGCAUGCAAAUAACAGUUGCCAAGCAAGGCCAUGGGCUAAUACAAGCCAGGGGAGUCCUAAACUCGUUAAUCGACAAUGUACCCACAGACGAUCCGUUCUACCAGACACUGAAGGCUUUCGUGCAUGAUGCCGAGGUUGAUGUCUCAUUUCUGCUCACGGAGGAGAAGCGCAUAAUGGCACUGGUUAAGAGCACAUGCGAUUACUUCCAUGGGAAUAACGCCAAGGAUGAAGGUUUAAGGAUUUUCGUUGUAGUUCGUGAUUUCCUACUUAUACUAGAGAAGGUAUGCAAAGAGAUCAAAGCUGCACAACUGCAGAAGGCAAAAGAGGCUCCCAAAAAGGAUUCAUGAUCUUCUUCAUCAUCAUCUUUCUGCAACUAUGAGUUAUGAAGGCUUCUUACUCUUCUUAGUUUCAUAUAUAGGUAUGCAAAUGAGCUUUCAAUUCAUUAUAAAAAAAAUUGAGAAAAAAAAAUUCAAUCUUGAUUUAAUUUAAAGCUGAGAGAGACAUGGAAGAAUGUAGUUUUCAUUUCCUUCCUCAAAUGUAUAUUCACACAGGCUGAGAAA